AUGUCUCGGGCACAAUGUGAGUAUAGGUGUCUGCUGCUGGAGGAUUGCCCCCUGCUUUUCCGGCGGUGGCGGCCUCUCACAAAGGAUCUCCUUCGUCCCUCCCCAGAAGAGGAGAAGAGGAAACACGAGAAGAGGCACCUGGUGCAGAGCCCCAGUUCCUACUUCGUGGGUGUGAAACGCCCAGGAUGCUAUAAAACCACCACGGUCUUUAGCCGUACACCAAGGGUAGUUUUGUGUGCUGGCUGCUCCACUGGCCUCUGUCAGCCUGCAGGAGGAGAAGCAAGGCCUGCAGAAGGAUGCCCCUUCAGAAGGAGGCAGCACUAACAGUACCCUGA